AUGGCACACGGAGCGGAGGACUGCGCGACUGUUCUGGAACAGUUCGUACACGAUGUGGCAAAUUUACCGGCUGAGAUCAACCAUUUGAUGGAGGAAAUACAAGCCAAGGACAAGGUCAUGCAGGAGUGUCGCGCAACCAUCAAUUCUCGCGACAGCAGCAUCCAGAAGUUCAUCAAGUUGAAUGGCAGCCUGACGCCAAAUCCCAAAGAAGAGCCAUACGGCAAGACGAUCCUACAAAAUAUGGACAAAUCACACGAACUACAGAGCGAAAAGAUCCAACUGAGCGAAAAGGCAUGCGUUCUACUUGACCGGCAAAUCAAGCGCCUCGACGUGCGCAUUCGCGAUCUAGUCAAUGAAGGCCUCCUCUCUAACGAUCCUCCUCUGCCCUCCCUCUUCGACUCAAAAAAUAAAUACCGUAACCCGCCAAAGGUCUUCUUCCCCGAUUCAACACCCUCCGAUUCCACCGCCUACUCCACACCUCUCGCGCAAACUUCAGGAAACGCAAACCCAAUCUUGACCGCCGCGCAACGUCUCAACCAAUCCACAACUCCGCGUCCAGCAGGAACCCCUACACAACUUGCGCAGUCCACAGCGCGAAGCUCUGCCCCUGCUACGCCUGCCGCAGCCGUUGUUCACCUCCAGCAACGGCAGCGCGAAUCCUCUGCCGGAGCAGUGGACUCGAAGCGUCGCCGCUUGAAUCCAGCCCUUGGUACCCUCCCAGCUGCUUCUUCCAACCUGCGUCAAUCAUCACUCGGCCCUGGAACGCCUAAGCCUGGUACACCCGCCGGAAGUCGCGCAGGGAGCGCAGGACCUCGCACUAGCAUGGGCAUCAAGAAAGCACUUACGAAGAAGAUUGCGCCGCACCAGCAGGUCAAGAAACUUAAGACUGCGCACGGCAAGCCACUCAAGCGCUCUUCUAGCAGCGGGCGGAUCAAGGCGUCGAAGAAGUCGCCCAAUGGCGAGGGAGAUGAAGAUGAUGAUUCCAUGCUCAGCAGCGCUGAUACUUCGGAUUCAGACAAGAGUGACGGUGCGGCGGACGAUGACGUUGAUGAUGACGAGGAAGAUGAAGGAAACGAGGACUCGAAGGUCUACUGUACUUGUCGCACGGUUAGCCAUGGGGACAUGGUGGCUUGUGAUAAUGACGAGUGUCCUUAUGAGUGGUUCCAUUGGAAGUGCGUUGGGCUUACUCGAGAGCCUGUUGGAACAUGGUACUGUGAUGAGUGUCGACGCACACUUGGGAAAUAG